UAUUACAUACAAGCUCGUCCAGAUGUUAUGGGAGCAAUCAGGAGGAGUUCAACCAGGUGUGCUGUCCUGACCACUGCUCCGAAGGCAGCUCCACCACCCUUUCAGAAAAUAGGUACACAGUACAGUAUGUGUUACUCACUGCAACUUCUAUGUAGGCAUUCGUGCUGGCACCCUAGCACGGAGUUUUAGAGCUCAGCAUAAGUAACCAGCAGAGCAAAGUGAUUCCCUUCCCACAGACCGCUAACGAGUCAGUGCAAGUAGAAAUUUCCGCGUCAAUUUCAUCCACACUUGCAAGCAAUCCCUCUCGCGUUCGACAUCGCUUUACAAAUACGAUCUUCUCUCUUCGAUCUUCCCUCGUCGACCGCUGUAUGUCAUCCAUUGAGUUCAUGGCAAUGCCGCUAGAUCGCUCCUUCACCAGUGCCUCUCAGAAGCCAGCCUCCAAUUCAACGUUUUCCCGCGCGCAGCCCGCCAUGCUCCUGCAGCAGCUGUCGCGCGACCCCGUGCAGCGGGAGGAGCAGCUCGGCGUGUUGCUCCAAGACAGGCCCGCCGGCGCCGCCCUCCCCGCCUGGCUCCUCGCGCACACCAACCCCGCCGCCGCCGCUGCCGCUGGCGCCCUCCGCGCACGGCCCGCGGCGGACUACGCAUAUCCGAACGUGUCGCCCAGCUCGCCCCUUCCGCCGCUCCCCCGCGACAUCCACAACGACCAGGUGCUUUUCCGACCCACCGCCAUCCGCGCUUCCCCCACCAGCGGCGGCGCCGACGAGGCUCGCGCGGACGAGCUUGCGCUCCGCGGGGAGAUGCCUGGGAUGGAGGCGCAAGGAAAGAAGCGGAGAUUUGCGGAAGCGGCGGCGGAGGAAGAGGAGGUGAAUAGCAGCCAUCGCAAGUCGCCGCUACGCUCAUCGUCGAAGCGACCCGCGUUCAACCACGCAGCGGAGCCCGUCGCGUCAAGAUUCUCGCCGAACGAGGAAACCUUGGGGACUCAUGGAGCUCCGUCGAGCGCGUUACAAUCCGGCGCUGCGCUCAGCCUGGCGGAACGCCUCGCCCGCUACGACCAGCUGACGGUGUCCCUCCGCUCGUCCCUCCCGCACGGCAACCUAAGCAAGUGGGACGUGGCGGUGGGGCGGCUGCGGGAGCGCGUGGCGCAAAAGCCGGAGUUCGGAAGCAACGUGAACCAGUUCCUCGUGUUCCUCCACAACCAGCUGCGCGGUUCCCAGCAGCCCUCCGCGCGCGCGGCCCUGCACCAGUUCGCGGCGCUGAUGCGCGCCAAGUGCCAGCAGAACCAGGAGCAGUCGGAAGAUGGUAACCAGAGCGGGGCGGGGGUGACGAGGGUGGCGCAGGGAAUGUUGGGGGCGAGCAGCAGGCAUGCGUUGAAUCGAACUACGGAAGGGUUGGGUACGGUGGAAUGCGAUGGGGGAGCUUUGCCAGAUAGAAAAGUGGAGCUCCAGUGGCUUCUCCGGUAAAAGCUCACGACUAUUUCUAGUUUAUGAUUAGAAGUUGCAUGACAAAUGAAACUGCUUGUAUUUAUGAUGAGCUAUGGCCGAUGUUUAUAGACCCACGCCACGAUA